AUCCCCUCGACGCUUCCAACGUUUCUAUCCAUGUCGAUGUCCAUGUGGCGGCUCUUCGCCAUCCUACCGCUGGUCGCCUGGGCCGACCAGUCGUGUUCCGAAAGUUCCUCGGAGGAACUCCGCGAAGACACGCAGUUCUUACAGCGAUCUCUGCAGUUGCAGCAGGAGACCAACAUCGCCACAGAUGCCUUGGCGCGCGCCAAGGGCACGGCGACGGUCUCGAAGACCAAACGGGAAGGAGAAGUCCAGACUUAUUUUUACUACGUGAAUUUCCAUGGAGUUGAUCCCAUCUUGGCAACGCUGCUGAACGUCAUGCACAGUUCCGGGCAAAACUGUGCCACCUGUGGUCUCCAUCUCUUCAGCUGUGAGGAGGAAGGAUUGAAUGAGACUGAAUGUCAGUCCCGCGAGCUGAUGCCCUGCUUGAAGAUGCCAUGGAGCUGCACCAAAGACAGCGGCUUAUUGGUCAUGGAGGCUGCCAUCCAAGGGAAGAACUUCACAGAUCGCGUGAAUUCUUCGGAUCUGAGCAGCCUGAAGAACCUAUGGCCAGAUCGGAUGCGUUAUGAGACGCUGAUGAGUUCAGCCAUGACAUUUCAGUGGUUGCCUUUGUUGUGGGGCCCUGGGAAGCGGGUGCUCAUCACCACCAUUCUGCGCGAUCCAGUGGAGAGGCUGAGGUCGGUGUUCUACAGCCUGAGCCCAGAUCACUCGCCCGAGAACUUCACGGACUUCCUGAUUGCCGAACGUGACACAGCCUAUGGCAACAUGACAGAGCCUCAAAUGGCCAGAAUCCAGGCCGAAGGCAUCCCCUGGCGUAAGGUGAUCCAGGGCUGUUGCGAAUAUGGCCAUUACCUAGGCAAUUGCGAUGUGGCAAAGGCCAAGCGGGUUUUGGUGAGCCACUUUGAUUUCGUCGGAAUCUAUGAGGAUUUGCCCGGCUCCCUCGCUUCCCUCGCCUGGCUCUACGGCAAGAGCCCCGAAGGGAUGGGAACUUUGGCCCGUGACACCCUGCUGGAGGUGCCACCCAAAAAACCCGAGAAGUGGAACAAGGCGGACCUUGAAUUGGCGAAGAACAUCACUGCCAAGGACAGGGACAUUUAUGACUUUGCCACGGAAUUGUUUAAGCGACAGUCCGUGAGCAUGUGGAACAAUGAGAAUGUGUGGAAAGACCAAAUCAAGAAGCUCGAGAAAGCUUGGAACACGAAAUGGGAACCUGAGUGAGCUGCCAGUCUGGGCUGCUUCAUUUGAGUUCCGGUCUGCGUCCUGUGCUGCUGGAGCUAAUUUUGGCUGAGUCUAAGAGAGCCAUGGGGCAUCUAAAUACAGAGAGAUCUGUCAAAAAUUGACCAUUUUGGCGGGUGAAUUGAUGGGUUUCUAUUUGUUUCUUUACUUGUUUGGGGGGCCCAGUUCAGACCAUAUAUCGCUGAUCGCGUUGUCCCCUUUUGGUCAAGGCAGUAGUUAAGCCGGCCUGGGGUCUUUUGCUCAGCAAAGCCGGAGGCGAAGACAUCACAG